AGUUUAAAUUUCAGAUAAAAUAAAUGUCUUAGUUUAAGAAGUAUCCAUAGAUCUGCCACUAGUUCCAUCAGGAUACAAGAUGAGCUGGUAUGGCCUGGAGACCCUGUAUAGUAGUAUGGUGAAGGAUUUGAAGUCUAGGAAUGAUGUUCUUGUCGUCUUCAUACACUGGACACUCACAAGAGAAGGAUGGAGAUGUACAGGAAGUGGAGACAGGAAAGAUGGGACAGGAAGUGAAUUACUUCCUGCCUCAUGGAACUCAGAUACUUCCGUUUACCAGCUUAACUACCAGGAUACAGAUGAUAGUCACUAUACACUAAAGGUUGUGAUGGUUGGUGAAUCCGCCCUGUGCAGUUUACUGAGAAUACAGGAUAACAAGAAUACAGACACUACUGUACACUUACAGAACUAUAUAAACGAGGACGUGUCCUCCUAUGAAGCUGGUUUCAAGGACAAGGACGGGUUGAGGACAAAAAUAGAAGAUCUUCUUCAGAUUUUCAAAACAAAACAGGGUAGUAGCGGAGGUACUAAUGAUAAAACUCAACCUCAGAAUCCGGAGGUUGAUCCUCUCAGGGCUGGACCGUCUUAUGAUCCCUUGAGAUCCGGCCGACGGCCGAGGCUAGAUGAAGGACCCCCUGGCUGGGAUGGUGUUGGGCCUCCAAGAAUCGGAGGCUCGGAUUUAGAUCCAUUAGGUGGAAUGCAUGGAGGAGGAAUGCUAAUGGAUCCAAUGCAUGGAGGACGACCCAUGAAUCCAAGGUGGGACCCUGUAGGUCCAACCGGGCCCCUAGGAGGAGACCCAUUGGGAGGAGGUCCGUUAGGAGGUCCGUUGGGAGGUGGACGUCUGGGAGGAGGAGGAGGACGAAGAAACUAUGGGGACGCAAUGCGUCCACCAGAUUGGGACAAUAUGUUCAUGUAAUCAGUCAUGUUGUUACAUAUCAUGCACAGUGUACAAUCAUGUUGUACAUGUUUUUUUUGCCAAAUUUUAUGUUAAAAAUUGGGAUGUAAUGGGAAACCAUAUUUUGCACGUUAAAACAGAAAAAAGAAGAAGUUCCGAUUUGUUACAAUGUGAUAUAGCUCAGUACUUUGUAUAGUUUUGCAAUACAUCAUAAUGCAUUA